GACUACAGUACCCAGAGUGCACCGCGGCGGGCAGACUAAAAACACACGGAGACCGAAGGACGAAGUGACGGAUGAUCGUAUUUGUGCGGUACAACCUGGGGCCAGGUGUGGCCGUGGAGCUGCAGGAGGAGGCGAGUGUGGCCAAGCUGAAGGAGGUGGUGGGGAGUCAGCAGGGAGUACGACCGGAGCAGCUCAGGGUGCUGUUCGCUGGGAGGGAGCUGCAGAGCACGUCCACACUACAGGGUUGUGACCUCCCGGAGCAGAGUACCGUCCAUGUCGUCCUCCCUCCUUCAGGAUCCUCCUCCUCCCGGCUGCUCCUCCUGCAGGAGCGUCUUACUCGGGGCGGGCAGGAGGAGCAGGACAGCCUGACCAGGCUGGACCUGAGCUCCUCGCGCCUCCCCGCCACCUCUACUGGCCUGGCUGUGAUCCUGAAAGGGAGUGAGGGAGGAGGAGGAGGUGACGGAGAGACAGAGGAGGCAAGAGAGGAAGCGCAGACAGCAGGUCUGAAAGGUAUGCGCACCUGCAGUACUUUCUUUGUGUACUGUAAGAGCUGCAAGUCGGUCCAACCAGGAAAACUGCGGGUUCGCUGCAGAAGUUGCAAACAGACAACGCUGACACUCAGCAGGGGUCCGUCCUCUUGGGAUGAUGUCCUCCUCCCAAGUCGUAUCCAUGGUGUAUGUCAGUCAGAUGGUUGUCACGGCAAUGACGCGGAUUUUUUCAUGAAGUGUGCGUCCCAUCCGACCUCAGAUGAGGACCUCUCUGUGGCCCUCGACCUCAUCAUGACCAACACCAGAGAUGUGCCCUGCAUCGCCUGCACCGACGUCAUGGACGUGGUCCUGGUCUUCCAGUGUUCGGAGCGUCACGUGAUCUGUCUGGACUGUUUCCGUCGGUACUGUCAGACUCGGUUGAACGAGCGCCAGUUUGUUCAUCACGCUGUGAUCGGAUUCUCUCUGCCGUGUGCUGCCGGCUGUGUCGACUCUCUGAUUAAGGAGCUGCAUCAUUUCAGGAUUUUGGGAGAGGAUCAGUAUGGGCGGUAUCUGCAGUAUGGGGCCGAGGAGUGCCUGCUGUCGAUUGGCGGACUUAUCUGUCCGUCACCUGGCUGUGGGGCAGGGCUUCUACCACCUGAUGGCAUCAGGAGGGUGGAGUGUGACAGACAGCUGGGCUGCGGCUUUGUUUUCUGCAGAGACUGCAGGGAGGGCUACCACGAGGGGGCCUGUCAGACACUGCCUGUCCCACCCAGAGGUGAAGCCUCACAGGGUUUUGUGGUGGGGGAGGAGGCAUCUUUCAGAGGGAGGUGGGAUCAAGCUUCUCUGCUCCUCAUCCAGGAGUCGACUAAACGCUGCCCUAAGUGUUCAGUUCCUGUGGAGAGAAACGGCGGCUGCAUGCACAUGCAGUGUCCUCUGUGCAGAGCAGAGUGGUGCUGGCUCUGUGGAGUCUCCUGGAACAGGGAGUGUAUGGGAAACCACUGGUUUGGAUAAACACACACUCAGACACGUACAGACACACACACACACAGACACACACAAACACACACAAACACACACACACACGGACACAUAUACAUAUGUUGACAGCUGUUGCUCAGAGACACUUCAGCAGGAGCCACAAACGGAACAUCAUCAUGAUGUGUAAAAGAAAGUUGGUCAUUAGAACUAAAAUACUGUACGUGAAUAAUUAAUGUUAUAAUCAUUAGUUUUGGUUUAGUCAGUGAAUGGGGGUCUGAGUCUGACCUGACGCAUCUUUGGUUUCAAAGCUCUUCUGUUAUAUCAGACACUGGCUCAGGUACAUCACCAACUUCUCCAUCAGAAGCAGGAGUCGGAUGUUGACGUGAACAAUGUUCACAAGUCUGAAACUGGUUGCUAAGAGAGCUGCAGAGGAUCAUGGGAGAUGUGGUUUAAAGAGUAACUGAACAGCAGUGUUUCUCUGCUCUGUCUGGAUGAGAGUGUAAGGUCGGUUUCACCUCUGACCACAGUCAGUGUCACUGCUGCCUGUGAUUGGCUGUGAUCAGACACCUGUAACCACCACCAGUGAUGUCACAGUGUCUUGGAGUACACCUAUACAUCACUGCAGGCAGGUGAGAAGGUCGACCAGUGGAGGUGAGCAGAGACAAAAUAUUCAGGGGGGGUUAGUUACAAUUUAAACUUUGUGUUUGAUUUAACACACUGACCAUGUGAUCAGAACUUCACUGGUUGAAGCCUGUUUGCUGUUUCACUCUGCUCAGUCUGUUGGAUGAAGGUAAAAAAAAUGCACAAAAAAUCGGUUUAUAAAAAAGAUUAUUAAUCUUUCUUUUUUCUUGUAAUCGGUAAGUCUGUAAUCAUAAUAUCAGGUAGGAGUUUAUUCAUCCUGAAGGAAAACCGGAAAUCACUUGGUGAACUCAAAUAAAACAGAAAAGCAACAUGGAGGGGAUCAUGCUUGAUUUUCUCACAAUAAAAUCGUUACUGUUCAGCAGCUAAAUCUGAAGCUUCUGUUAAAAAACAAUCAAACUACAUAAAAACAGGAAACUGUGUGUUUUAUAAAUGGAUUCACUCCUCAGUAUUUUUUCAUUUUCUUUACUUGGGUUGUGUGAAUAUGAACUGAAUCCCAAUAAAUGUAUCUGCCUUCUCUGCUCAGACAUAUUUUAAAUUGAGUAAUAAAUAUUAUUCUGCUGGAUCAGUUGUUUAAUAGAGAUGGUACUUUUUACUCAUGAGGAGUUUUCAACAUGUCUUUAACACCCAGUGUUUAUGCAGGUGUUUGUCUGGUUUGACCCUCUCUGGUACAUGUUUGAUCUUUAGGUGACAAUGAAGAAUCAGUCAUCAUGUUGCCGCUCUGACUUCACUGAAAGCUCCUGUAGAGAAAACGUGUUUUUCUUUGUGUCUCUGUAAUAAAUCCAUGCGAACUCUCUUUCAAAAAGAUGUCAUUUACUUUCCAAAUCAUGUCGUCUGAUACUGGAACUUUACUGAUGAGAGCUCUGACCUAAUCAGUACCUGAUAACCAACAAAAUUAGUGUCCCGUAAACAUAUACACAGACUUG